AUGUCGUCUCAACUUCCUACAGAAAUGAAAGCAGUAGUCUUUCGCGGACCUUUUGAUGUCCAAGUCGAACAGAAGCCAGCUCCCCAGAUUAGUCUUCCGACUGAUGCCAUUGUCAAAGUUGAAUAUGCGGGCUUGUGUGGAUCAGACAUGCAUACUUAUAGAGGCCACAUAAAGGGUCAACCUGGUACUGUUGUUGGCCACGAAUUCACAGGAACUGUUGUCGCAGUAGGACAAGAUGUGACAAAAUUCCAGCCUGGUGACGAUAUAUUGAGUUGUUUUUCCAUCCAGUGUGGCGAAUGUUUCUACUGUAAGCACGGUUUGACCGGCCAAUGCGCUAAAACUAACACCUUUGGUAAACCAGGUUUGGAUGGAGGACAAGCUGAAUAUGUGCGCGUUCCAUACGCUGAUAAUGUGCUUGUCAAGAAACCAGAGAGUGUCAAAGGUGACAAUAUUGAUGAUUCCGUGUAUUUACUUAUGGCUGAUAUAUUUGUCACUGGAUAUUUCGGGGUAAAGAAAAUCGUGGACUACUUUAAAAACCAACCUGCCCAAAACUACGAAGCGCAGCGAAUUAAAGAUGUUUCAGUAUUACAGAUUGGUGCCGGUCCUGUUGGAUUAUGUGCUUUGCAUGUAUUAAAGUACUAUGGAUUUGAAAAGAUUGUUGUCGUUGAUAGUAUUCCUUCAAGAUUAGAAGCAGCCAUGAAAAUCGGUGCCUACAAAACCAUCAAUUUCCAAGAAGAAACGGAUGGGGUAAAGAGCUUUGUAGCUGAUGAAUUGAACGGUGUUGGGUUUGAUGCAGUAUUGGAAGUGGUGGGUGCUGAAUCAUCAAUGAAGUCAGCAUUUGAUGCUGUACGUGGUAAUGGUUUUAUCUCAGCAUUGGGUAUGGGCCAUGGACCAUUCCCUUUUGAUGCAUUGCAAGCAUAUUUGAAGAAUCUUAAUCUUUCAUGUGGAAGAUGUCAUGCAUAUGCCUUGCUUCCUGAGGCUUUGGCAAUCUUUGAAACAUUGAAGGACAAAUUGACUGAUUUUAUUGAUCACAAGACACCCAUUGAUAAUGCAAAGGAAGCAUUUAAAUUGUUCGACGAACACAAGGUUAAUAAAGUGGUGUUUGAUUUCAAGAAUAAAGUAUAG